AUGGAGAGUAGGAACAAUGUGACGGAGUUUGUUCUACUGGGGCUCACGGAGAAUCCAAAGAUGCAGAAAAUCAUAUUUGCUGUGUUUUUUGUCAUCUACAUCAUCACUGUGGUAGGAAAUGUGCUCAUUGUGGUUGCCAUUGCUGUCAGCCCAUCACUAGGAUCCCCCAUGUACUUUUUCCUGGCAUAUCUCUCCUUUAUUGAUGCCUGUUAUUCCUCUGUCAAUACACCUAAACUGAUUGUAGAUUCACUGCAUGAACGGAAGACCAUCCUAUUCAAUGGAUGUAUGAUCCAAGUCUUUGGAGAACAUUUCUUUGGUGGUGCUGAGGGCAUCCUUCUUACUGUGAUGGCUUAUGACCGCUAUGUGGCCAUCUGCAAGCCUUUGCACUAUACAACCAUCAUGAACCAGAGAGUGUGUGUCCUGCUAGUGGGAGUAGUGUGGGUAGGAGGCUUUCUUCAUGCGAUCAUACAGAUCCUUUUCAUGUUUCAAUUACCCUUCUGUGGCCCUAAUAUCAUAGAUCACUUUAUGUGUGAUCUGAACCCUUUGCUCAAUCUUGCCUGCACUGAUACCCACACUCUAGGGCUCUUUGUUGCUGCCAACAGUGGGUUCAUCUGCCUGUUAAACUUUCUCCUCUUGCUGGUCUCCUAUUCAGUCAUCCUGCGCUCCCUAAGGACCCAUAGUUUGGAGGGGAGAUGCAAAGCCCUCUCAACUUGUGUUUCCCAUAUCACAGUGGUUGUCUUGUUCUUUGUACCCUGCAUAUUUGUGUACAUGAGACCCGCAGCUACUUUAGCUGUAGAUAAGGCAGUUGCUGUAUUCUACACCAUCAUAACUCCCAUGUUAAAUCCUUUAAUCUAUACCUUGAGAAAUGCCCAGAUGAAAAAUGCCAUUAGAAAAUUAUAUAGCAGGAAAACUACUUCAGGUGACUAA